CUGAGCCUGAGCAGACCUGAGCUGUGUGAUAGUGGUUUACCAUUUGUUCUGGACUAAGAACCUGCUGAGAAAAUUUGAACCAUUGUGGCCAGAGUUGGAUGUAAAUUGCAAUUUUUUGACCAUUGAGGAUUUUCACUUCUGCAGUUGGAGUGUAUAAUUUUUUUGGACAGGUGCGGGAGCUGCCGACCAUUUACCCUAGCAGGGGUGGAUUUCAUGCAGUGCCGAUUUUGCAAAUUCACAAGCUCCAGUCAAGAGACCCUUCUGAAACAUUUCCGCCUUCAUCACGGACAAGCUGCACAUUGGCCAUGCAUUCACACAGACUGUGUAUGUGUAUUUAAAACACCUGGAGCAUUACGAUCACACCUCUCAAGAGCACACUCAAUAGUCCUAUGAGCUUGUUGAACACACCUGUGCAGACCUUCUUGUGUUGGAUCCAGAUGUGCUGACAGAUUAUCACCCUCUAACAGCAUACACAGUUGGUGGAAAGCUGAUGGUGACCCCAAGGACGUACCUUCUCUAUUAAAGCAACUUUAUAAUGACUUUGUUACUUCGGGUAGUUCUUUCUUCCAGAGAAGCCCGGCGAGUCCAGCUUCCUGAAGUACCAGCAUCUGUGGGGCAAUUGAUUGAUAUACUUAAAGAAAGACUUGAACUUGCAGGAGAUUUCUCGCUACAGUUUGAGGAUCCAGAUUUCGGAAAUGCACUAUGCAAUCUUACAGAAAUAUCUGAAUUACCAGCUGAGCGUGCAGUCCUGCAUAUAAUGUGGAACUGUGAUUCAUCUACACUUAACCAAUCCAUUGCUUCAGUGUCCUCUGCUUCAGUCUCUUCCCAGGACACAAUAAGUGUUCACUCUGAUGAUUUCAGGCCUAGCUGGACCGAUACUAUCCAGAUGAACUUAAGGCAUGUGUCAGAGUGGCCCUCUCCAUUUUCUAUUCCCAAGUUUUCACAUGAUGUUGAACUGAAAUUGUAUAAGGCUAAUAUGACAUAUGAAAAAUCUAAAAAGGGCCUUGCAGUGACAAGAGACAUGAAGAUGGAGAUUUUGGAUAAAAUUGCAGAGGCAGUUUUUGAAAUUAAAGCCUACCCUGAGAAAGAUGAGCUUGAGUCAGUGGCUUCUGCACUGGUUCUCAAAUAUCCAUGCCUGAAGGAGCCAGGUAGCAUCACAGGCUACGAGGGAUGGAAAGCAAGUAUCAAGCACAAACUUGGAAACUACAGAUCAAAGCUUCGUCGGGCAGGCUGCAAUGAGGUAAAUGUAAACAGGAAAAGGAAAGGAGAAGAUGAAGCCAGCAGUCCUUUCACCCUUAAAAAGCCCAGACGUGGAGAGGUCAAUCAUGUCCCAGAUUAUCCACAGCACCAUGAUGAUUCUACUCUUGAAGAGGAAAGAGUUGCUCUGGUCAGUGAAAUGAAGAAGAAACAAAAGAACUUGAAAGUCAUACAGCAGAAGAUGGCGCUGACAUUUUCUCUCAGGCGGAGAGAGGUUGUGGAGUCUCAACCCAUGGUAUCUGAGGUCCAGGAGAGGUGGCCUGCGCUGUUUUCCUCUGAGGAGAUAUCUGAGGAAUUUUAUCGGAUCACAAGCAAAGACCUCCUGGGGACCUUCAAUGCAUCCCUCGACAAAGUUGUGCCUGGCCUGCUGAAACUAUACCGGUCUAAGAAGGGAGCUCUUGGUGAGGACAUGGAAGACCUCUUGGAUAAACUUGAUGAACAGACAUCUGACAUUGUGUCCCACCGAAAGACAGCAGCACUGAGAGGCCUGCCCAUUUUCCUCAGAGAGGAUGCAACACAGGUUUUCCUGAAGUGCUUAGACACUGACAUUUUGGAACCAGUGUUGAACGGUGCAUCAGUUGCCAUCCUCACCAUCCUACAAGAUGACGAUGCCGAUACUUCUGUGCGAGAACAUGCUGUUGUGUUGGAAGGGGACAUCGUGCUUCAUAACAUUCCAGACCUCUCUAUUGCCUUGGCAUACCUCUUUGGCCUUCUGUAUGCCCUCAACAUUGAUUAUCCAAAGCAGAUGAGUUAUACCUUUGAAGCAAUUCAGGCCAUCUUUUUUGAGCUCGGUGGCUCUCGAUGCUCACAGCGCAUAAGGUCUCUAAAAACAAAGCUUUUGCUGUGACUGUUAAUGGGGAAGCCAGACAUGAGUUUAACUUGUUCUUAAACCUGUUCAAAUGCAUUGUAGAGUCAUGUUAAAAAAAAAAAUGUUCAGCCCCUUUCCCUCUAUAUAAUCAUUCACCUGUUACAUAGAGUUGCAUAUUUAGUGUUAGAACUGUUAAAAUUAAUUAGGAAUAAGUGAAGGAAUGAGGGAGGAAAGGAAGAAGGGAGAAAAGAAGGAACAGUCAAAACAGAAUGAUUCAUUUUGACCUGGUCGGUCAAUAUGAAGGUGAAGUGGAUAAGUGAUUAUUUGAAAUGUAAAUGUUAAAUUGUAUUGUUGAGAAUAUAUGGUGAAAUUUUGUCUUGUAGGAUUUUAAAAGAUUUCUUAUAGUGUUUUUCACUCCACUUGAAGGAUAGAACUGAUAUUUUACCUGAUAGUUUACAUUUCUAAUAACUUUUAACUUCUGUAGUUCAUCAUGUUAAGCCCAUGUAAAAUAUCAAUGUCUGGGUACAUAGGCAAUUGUUUGUUGCACUACCCUAUUUAGUGUGCAAUUGUUAAGUUAAGCUUUUACAAGACAGUCAGGGUGUGAGCGUGAAUGACAAAGCUGCUGGACACUUUUCUUUUUUGGUUCUGGACUGAAUUUUAAUGUCUCUGCUGGGGUGCUAAAAGCACCCAAAAGAAACUGGCAACACAUUUUUUUUGUUUGUUUGCUUUUUUUUCUUUUCUUUUUUUUACAGAAAUUCACCCCACUACCCAUGACCUUCUGAAAUAUACUGAAAGCACUGUUAAACAAAAUAAAUGCGUUUUUGCAUAACAUUCAGUGGUGCUUUGUUUUAUUCUAUAUCUGUUUGAGUGUUUUUUCAAGUACGAUAACAGCAUACAUUUUCCUUUAUUUAUUUAGGUAAAUUUUCAACUCACUGGAGUAAGAAUUGUAUGAUUAUUCAACAAGAAUAUCUGUGUUUGGUGAAUUUAGGAAUACAUGACAUUGGAGGAAUAAUUGUAUGUUAAUUCAACAGGAAUAUCUUUGUUUGGUGAAGGCAAAAAUACAUGGCAUUGAAACCAGAAUUUCUUUGUUAGACUUACAGGAUUAUCCUAAUUAGGUGAACAAGUAGAUCCAAGUUGGCAGAACUUGAAAAUCUUAGUUAAGUCAACAAGAGUUGGCAAGAGUUGAGAAAACUCAAAAAUCUCUUGCAUCAUGUUGCCUUGAAAUUUUACGUUUUCUCAACGUUUUCUUUUUUACAG